AUGCCAGGCGCUAGAGUUCUUUCCGAGCGAGCGUGGUUCGCCCAUCAAGUAUCAUUGCGCUACGUACCUCCCGAUUGCAAAGAGUCUUCACGGCUGGAGAUUGCGAACAAUGCCACGAGCUCGAAGGUCGCAUCGAAAAUCAAGACUAGGGUGCCUGAAAUGUAA